AUGAAUGAAGAUGAUGAGCUUAUGAAAGCACUGUAUGAGAUAUCACUGGAGCCAAAGUGGAAGGGGCAAGGAGGAGGCUUUAAUAAUGGGUAUUUAUCUGCACUAGAGGACAUUCUUGCUGAGAAGCUACCAGGCGCUGGAAUUCCAGCUUUACCUCAUAUUGAGUCUAGAGUCAGGCAUUUUAGGACAAAGUAUGGAGCACUAGAACAAAUGCUAAGCAGAAGCGGCUUCACCUGGGAUGAUACUAAGAAGAUGCUUCAGUGUGAAAAGAUACAAUACGAUAAACAUUGCAAGGAUCAUCCGGAUGCUAAGGGCCUAUAUGGCACUAAAUUCCCUUACUAUGAUACAUUAUCUGCAAUAUAUAGAAAUGAUGUAGCCACUGGUGAAGGUGCCAAAGAUAUCAGUGAGGCUGUUGACAACAUGGAAGAAGAGCUUGCUGCUGAACAUGGUGAUCUGAAAGGUGUGGCUAGUAAUGUUGGAAAAAUGACAGAAGCAAUGGACCGUGAGACUGUAAUUCAAGAGAAGGCGAUGAAUAAAAUUCCACAACAGAUUUUAAAGGAGAAGGCUGUAGCAGAGUUGCACAAGCUGGGGUUUACUGGGAUAGAAUAA